AAAAAAAACCUUUUUCGGUCUCUUUCUUCUCUUUUAAACUUUUGUUGACAAAAGAUCUUUAAAAAAAUCAAAAAACUUAGAUUCAAUAUGCUUGCACAAAUUAAAAGUCUGUUUAAACAGAAAAAGACAUUCCCUAAAGACCUUACUGCUGAAGAAAAGAAGAACAAUAAGGAUGUAGCCACUCGUAUUGUACAAGAAGAAAAACAGCGCAAGACUGUCUUGCCUCAAUAUCCCGGUCUAGAACGCUUUGAAAUGAUUGAGAAAAUUGGAGAAGGUGCAUUUUCUUUUGUGUUUAAAGCAAGAGAUACAUUGACAAACAAAGAAGUGGCUGUGAAAGUUGUUCGAAAGCGAGAAUUAGAUGCUUCCGAGAAUGGCAAAAACCAUUUGCAUCCCAACAUGAAGAAAAAGACCAAAGCUACUGAAAGAGCCAACAUCUUGAAAGAAGUGCAAAUCAUGCGUAACAUGAAUCAUAAGAACAUUGUCCAGCUUAUCCAGUUUUCAGAAUCAGACGACUAUUACUUUUUAGUCUUGGAAUUAUGUCAGGGAGGCGAAUUAUUUCAUCGUAUUGUCAAAUUGACUUAUUUCAGUGAGGACCUUGCAAGACAUGUUAUUGUUCAAGUUGCUGAAGGUAUUCGAUAUCUUCAUGAAGAAUGUGGCGUAGUUCAUCGUGACAUCAAGCCUGAGAAUAUCUUAUUUGAGCCUAUUCCUAUCAUUAAGCGAGAUAAAGUAGAAAACCCCUUUGGUGACGAAGACAAGGAAGAUGAAGGUGUGUUUACUGAAGGAGUAGGUGGUGGUGGUAUUGGCGUUGUCAAACUCGCUGAUUUUGGUCUAUCCAAAGUUAUCUGGGACAAUUCGACAUUGACACCCUGUGGCACUGUUGGCUACACUGCACCUGAGAUUGUGAGAGACCAAAAGUAUUCCAAAUCAGUGGACAUGUGGGCUAUUGGCUGCGUCCUCUACACUAUCUUGUGCGGUUUUCCUCCUUUUUACGACGAGUCGAUUCGCGCCCUCACACACAAAGUAGCCCGUGGUGAAUAUACAUUUUUGAGUCCUUGGUGGGACCCUAUUUCUCCCGCUGCUAAAGACUUGAUUCGAAACCUACUCACAGUUGAUCCUGAAAAACGUUACACCAUCGAGGAGUUCUUUAAACAUCCUUGGGUGACCAAGUCUCAAUUCCCUCCUCCUGCUGUGGCGGAAGACAAGUUGAGCAAGCCAACAGUUGAAAAGAAGAAGCUUGAUCCUAGAGCACAAGCUAUGCAAAAUGCUGCUGUGAAGGCUGCUGCUGCUCAAAAAGAACAAAACAGAAUGCACAAAGAAGGCGACAUCAAGAACCAACCUGCGUCAAACACAUCCAAUACUGGUAAAAGAACAGAUGUCUUUUCACCUGGUAUCAAUUCAAUCAAAGAAAUCUUGGAUAUUACCUAUGCAGUACAAAGAAUGGGUGAAGAAAAGAAGAAGCGAAUCACACCUCAGCAACAUGCUUUUGCUGGUGGUUAUGACUCUAUUUCUGAAGAAGAAGAGGAGGAGGAGGAAGAAGAGAACGAAGAAGAGGACAAGGAUCCAAAAAUUAAUCAUGGUAUUGAUAAAGAAGUCAUUGCUAUGGCAGAACAAUUAGUUCAUGAUGGAAAAGGUGUUGCACCUGCAGCUUAUACAGCAACACCACAGCAAAAGAAAGAAUCACAUGUAAUCACACCCACUUCAAGGAGAAAGCGCAACAUGUUUGAAUUGGAUAUGACAAAAGCUACUUUGUUAAAGAACAGACGUGCUGCUGCCACAACUGUUGAAAACUAAUUCAUCUUUGUAUAUUUGUCUAUACCCGUACAUAUAAUAAAAUAAAAUGAAAA